AUGACAGAAGUUGAGAAGAAUCUGUGCGACGGGAAUUCGUGCGACGGGAAUCCGUGCGACGGGAAUCCGUGCGACGGGAAUCUGCGCGACGAGAGUCAGGGAUGGCAGUUUCUGGAUGCGGGAGACGGUUACCACACGAUCAAGAACCGGCAAUCGGGCGAUUCGAUCGGCCACUGGCGCGGCGAAGAUGUCACCGCCGUUCCAGAUGCUGACGUGUCGAAUUUCAACCACCAGUGGAAGCUCUACGACGUCGGGAAAGGCCUCGUCGCCAUUAGAAACCGCUGUACAGGCAUGGUGUUGGCGCGUAGUCUCGGUACCGUGAUGGCGUAUAACGGGGAUGAGAGGAACCCGAACCACUGGUGGAAAAUAGAGGAGCUGUCUCCGUCAGCAGUGUAUUACGUCGGACCUUGGGAGUACAUACGGAAUCGCCGGAGCGGCAAGGUGCUGCAGCACUCGCAUCAGCAGCCGUUGACGGAUUCCGUCAAGCGUGGCAGCCCCGUCGCUACUACUAGUACCAAUACUGUACAGUCUAACUCAGUCAAAGCAGUAGAGCUGAUUCCCGAUGACGUCACCCAGCAGUGGCGGCGGGUUGCCGUGUCAGAGGGCUACACGUGCCUCCAGAAUCGCGCCUCCGGCUCUCUGCUCACCACCAUGAUGACUCCUCACGCGCCUCGGAACUCCUCCCUGCUCACUAUUGGCGGUGCUACAAGUGGAACCGAAUCAUACAGUAACGCAGCUGCAUCACGGGCAACAGCAGUGCCAGUGGAAGCACAGGCGAGGGACAACGAGGUGACUCGCGAGGGCAAUCAAUGGCUGCUGGCGGAAAUCAAUGGUUUGGAGAUCUUCACGCUGCAGAGCCGCCAUGGGGGAGCGUUUCUCGAGAACACGUGCGGGGAGAAGGUGCAAGGAAGCUUGGGGGCGGUGGAGGCGAGCACGUGCUGCCAGUGGGCCGCCAUCCGCGCGGAUGCUGUUGAUGACGUGGCCAAGGCAACAGUGGAUGACGUGAUGGGAUCCCCACCAGAGCUUUUCAAAGCGCCUCGCCAGUCCAAAGCGGUGCUUCUUGAGGCGCCUAAACAAUCUACGCUGGGGCUUGCACUUGGUAAAUCCGCACCUCUGCCGCCUGUGCUGCCACUCUCGCCGCCAGCCUUGCUGCCUAACAACUCGACACCGACGACGCCCACCAAACGCGAACCCUCAUCAUCAUCACCAUCAGCAGAAUCCGGCCUGUCCCAGCUGCCACAUGUGAUGCCGAAACUCCUGUGUAACCCGACAGAAAGGGCGGUUGAAGCGGGGUCAGAGUUGGCGGACAAGGGGAUUGACGGCGAGCGCUACUCCACCACGGCUCUACCCGUGCUGCUCCCCUGGACCUACCUCCGCAACCGAGUCACCGGCAUGGCCCUUGCUGCGCAUGCGAGCGGCAGCGUGGAGGCGCGGGAGUUUGAAGGCGGCAGCCUGCAGCAGCAGUGGCGCGCUGUGAGUGUGGGCGUGGUGGCAGCAGCACCAGCCGUGUCCUACUUCUUCCUCCAGAACCGCGCCUCUGGGUUCGUUCUGAGCCACUCCUGGUGGGGCAGCCACGUGGCAGCUAGUGACUGCCACGUGGCAGGGAAGUACAGCCAAUGGGAGCUGAGAGGCGCUUGUGGAGGGUUCUGGGCGAUCAAGAACCGGGGCAGCGGGAAGGUUCUGGACCAUUUCUUUGGGAUAAGCAUUCAGGCUUAUAGCGAGGAUGAGCUACAGUACCAGCACCACUGGACCAUCACCCCUGCAGGGACCACAGGUGGGAAGGCGCACUGGGAGCAGGAGGAGGACGAGAGCGGUGACAAGUGGUGCAAAGCGGUGCAGGGUGGUGGUGAGGGGUCCGCGAGCCUUGCUCUUGUGGUGGACCGGCCGUGGAGCUAUGUGUUCAACCGGGACAGUGGGAAGGCGCUGGCUGUGUGCGAGGAGAGCGUAGAGGCUGUGGAUUAUGAGUGGGGGGCCUUGGAGCAGCAGUGGCGCGCCGUGAAGACGGAAAAGGGUUACCACGUGUUACAGAAUCGAGCCUCCGGGCUGGUUCUGGAUCAUUACAGCGGGCGGCGGAUCGGCGCUUAUGAUAACGAUUUUAGCAGCGAGUUUCACAAGUGGCAGCUGAAAGACAUAGAGGGAGGCGUGUAUGUUGUAUUGAAGAACAAGAAGACGGGGAUGGUGUUGGAUCAUUACUAUUGGGAACGGUUGGAAGCGGUGAGCGGGGAUGAGAAGAACAAGGCGCAGCACUGGAGGGUGGUGCCUGCCAGGCAGAUGGCCCGAGAGGGCAUGGGUCCCCAGCCUUCCCCCGAGACUGAAAUCGUGGUUGGAGAUUUGAUUUCUCUCUGGGAGAGAGACAGUGUGCCGAAAGGGGAGCUGAAGGGGUUGUAUUUAGUGGAGGGCGGCAAGCCUCGUCACGGCAUUCGGGUGGUGAAGUCGGGGUUUCGUCACAGCCGUCAGAUCCACCUGCUGCAAGUGAGCAUCCAAGGGCUGUCAUAUGCGAGUGUGGCUGUGCCGGCUGGGGUGGACGUGGGGAGGGGGAGGAUCCGGGUAGCACUCAGGAGGAGUGCGGAGGGGGGAGGGGAGGUGGUGGUGGUUGACUCGCUUGACUUGAUGAGAAUUCCCGAGGUGGAAGGGCCGUUGGUCAACCUUGCGGUUUUUGUGGGGGUAGCUGCGGAUCAGGUUUGCAUUACGUUUAUAAUUCAUUACUGUACUAUCAACUGCCUCUCGCGCCGUUCAUGGAAGCAAAGAGAGGCUGCAGCAAGCUCGUCGCCAGAUAGCCACAGGCAGUCAGCUCCCUCUCCGCUCGCCGCGACAGUCGCUGCGGCAGUCGCUGCGGCAGUCGUGCGCGGGCGUGUCACGGCACGGAUGGAAGGUGACUCGAUGCCCGCGCCGCCCACGCCGAGGCCGGGGGGCUCGCCGCGAAUCCUCGUGGCCGUCGACGAAUCGGACGGCGCCGAGGCCGUGAGUGCCGCACGUGCCGGCGCCGCCUCUCCGCCUUUACCCUCUUUCCACCCUCCCGCCGUCUCCCUCGCCCUCCUUCCCCUCUUCCUUCCCCCCCUCCUCCAUUUUCUCACGUCCCCCAUCUCCGCCUUCCCCUCCUCAUCAGACACCCGAUCUGUCGUCAACCCCCCCCUCUCUCUCCCACGCGACCUGCGCCUCGCGUUCCUCACAAUGCCUCUUUGCCACCUUCACCCAUCCCCUCCACCUCUCUCCACCCCUCCUCACCCUUUCCCACCUUUCCCCACCCCUCCCCACCCCUCCCUUUCCUCCCCCACGUGCGUACUUGGGCUGCCCCGGCAGGCCUUCCGCUACGCGCUCACGCUGCUGAGGCGCAGCGACAACAUAUACGUGCUGCACGUGCUGGACCCGCGCACAUUAUCAGCGUGGCGGGCGGAGGCCCAGCAGGCGGGGGCAGGCAGCAGCAGCAGCAGCGGCGGCAGCGGCGGCGGUGGCGGCGGUGAGGUGCAGGCAGCCAUGGACGCACGGGUAGAUGCGUUGCUACACCGCUACCGCAAGCUGGCUCACAGCAAGGGGGUGAGUGUCGCUCCAGGGGGUGAGUGUCACUGCCGGGUGAGUGUCACUGCAGGGGUACCCAUUGAUGGCCUACAAACCAAACAAACAAACCCCUCACCUGCCACCCCUCACCUGCCACCCCUCACCUGCCACCCCUCACCUGCCACCCCUCACCUGCCACCCCUCACCUGCCACCCCUCACCUGCCACCCCUCACCUGCCACCCCUCACCUGCCACCCCUCACCUGCCACCCCUCACCUGCCACCCCUCACCUGCCACCCCUCACCUGCCACCCCUCACCUGCCACCCCUCACCUGCCACCCCUCACCUGCCACCCCUCACCUGCCACCCCUCACCUGCCACCCCUCACCUGCCACCCCUCACCUGCCACCCCUCACCUGCCACCCCUCACCUGCCACCCCUCACCUGCCACCCCUCACCUGCCACCCCUCACCUGCCACCCCUCACCUGCCACCCCUCACCUGCCACCCCUCACCUGCCACCCCUCACCUGCCACCCCUCACCUGCCACCCCUCACCUGCCACCCCUCACCUGCCACCCCUCACCUGCCACCCCUCACCUGCCACCCCUCACCUGCCACCCCUCACCUGCCACCCCUCACCUGCCACCCCUCACCUGCCACCCCUCACCUGCCACCCCUCACCUGCCACCCCUCACCUGCCACCCCUCACCUGCCACCCCUCACCUGCCACCCCUCACCUGCCACCCCUCACCUGCCACCCCUCACCUGCCACCCCUCACCUGCCACCCCUCACCUGCCACCCCUCACCUGCCACCCCUCACCUGCCACCCCUCACCUGCCACCCCUCACCUGCCACCCCUCACCUGCCACCCCUCACCUGCCACCCCUCACCUGCCACCCCUCACCUGCCACCCCUCACCUGCCACCCCUCACCUGCCACCCCUCACCUGCCACCCCUCACCUGCCACCCCUCACCUGCCACCCCUCACCUGCCACCCCUCACCUGCCACCCCUCACCUGCCACCCCUCACCUGCCACCCCUCACCUGCCACCCCUCACCUGCCACCCCUCACCUGCCACCCCUCACCUGCCACCCCUCACCUGCCACCCCUCACCUGCCACCCCUCACCUGCCACCCCUCACCUGCCACCCCUCACCUGCCACCCCUCACCUGCCACCCCUCACCUGCCACCCCUCACCUGCCACCCCUCACCUGCCACCCCUCACCUGCCACCCCUCACCUGCCACCCCUCACCUGCCACCCCUCACCUGCCACCCCUCACCUGCCACCCCUCACCUGCCACCCCUCACCUGCCACCCCUCAUCUGCCACCCCUCAUGUGCACCCCUCAUGUGCCACCUCUUAUGUGCCACCCCUCAUGUGCCACCCCUCAUCCGCCACACCAGGUGAUCUGCCACGGGGUGUCGCGCAAGGCGAGUGACCGGCGGCAGGAGAUAUGCGAGGCGGUGGUGCGGCAGGACAUAGAGCUGCUCGUCGUGGGCACGAGACAGCUCAGUGCCGUCGCUAGGGCCGUGAAAGCCAGUGUGAGCGAUUUUCUGCUGCGCCACUGGCGUCUCUCUUUCCUUCUCUUUCAACCUGUGCUAUUCUCCACUUCCCUCCCCCAACCCACCCCCGUGCCCACUCCUCAGGACCGUGAAAGCCAGGCCGUGAAGGGCAGUGUGAGCGACUACCUGCUGCACAACUGCACGUGCCCCGUGCUCGUCUCCUUCCAUCCCGCCAGCCCCUCUUCUUUCAAAACCGUCUAUCCGGCUCAAGAGCCUACCUGGGAGCAUGCUGCACAUGCCCUUCAGAUCAAGGAUCAAGCGCCUCUCAUGCUCGUGGUGCCAUGGCAGCACAUGGCAGCACAUGCUCAAGCUCACCCGCCCUUCCUCCCUUCAAUGCCCGCUAGUCCCCCCCUCUCUUUUCCGUCAAGUCGCGCUACGCUAGCCUCUCUUCAUUCAAAGCCUCCAGGCCUCUCCUUUUUCCUGAUCACGAGACGGAUCGCACGCACCCUUAUAAUCGGCUCAACCGACCUCCCCCUCUCUCCCCGUCCCUCACCAAUUCUGUCACGCGCCCCAUUCGCGGCCCUUUCUCUCCCGCUGCUCCUCAACUGCGCCUCGCCCGUUCCCAGUCGCUCGUCGAUCUCCCAUCCGUCGCCGUCGCGAGUUACCGGCCGUCAGUUCUGCCGGCUUCAAAACGACGUUAGCUCUUCCAGUGCCGCUACCAGCACCCCUUCCGACGUCGUUAGCGCCUCAAUUGACGACGUCUGUCGGCAGCCGGCAGAGAUGACGGCCGUCGGCGAUGACGCGAAUGCGAAGCCUGCCGACCGUCAGUUUAGACGGAAGUACGCGCUGACUGACGUGCUGCGGACGUCUGCCGGCCUCGAAUACUCCGUUCACAGCUGCCCGCGGCAGUACAAGCAGGACAUGGAGUCCCUGUUUCCCGGGCAGGACGUGUCGAAACUUUUGAUUCUGCCCACGCAGCAGAGGGCGCGGGUGGAUCUGGUGAACACAGGCGAGGAGGUUGAGAGGGAGAAGGACCGCUUAUUGGAGACGUUUGCAGCGUUUGCGUCGGGCCUCGUGGAGAGUCUCUCUCAGCAGGGCCACUUCGCUGACUACAUUGACCCCUGCUCUGGCCUCCCUCUAAUGCGUCCCCUCUUCAACUCAGUGGCUGCAUUGCAUGCGUUGACCCUGCUCCAACCCCCCUGUGUGUGCACCCACAGCAUUCCCUGUGUCCCCUCGUGA